AUGACACUGCAUGACACCUAAUUUUGCUUGUUUACAGCUGAUUCAUCGUCGGCAUUAUUUAGCUGUAAAUUAAUUUGGCAUUCAACAAUUUUCAACAAAAUGUAUUCUCCAGCUCCUUUUUGGCACAAUGGACCAGCACCAGGAAGUGUUUAUAAUUUUCCUGGACCAAUGGUUGGAAAUAAUUCAAGUCCAAUAACUCACUCUCAAUCUCCAGUGACAACUGGUACAUCAGUUGUUGGUAUUACAUUUAAGGAUGGAGUUAUGAUUGCAACUGAUACUUUGGCAUCAUAUGGAUCAUUAGCUAGAUACAGAAAUGUUGAUCGUAUUAUGAAAGUCAAUGAAAAUAUUAUCCUUGGAGCUGGUGGUGAUUAUGCUGAUUUUCAGUAUCUUAAAAAUCUCAUUGAUCAAAAAAUUCGUGAAGAAUUUUGUUCAGAUGAUGGAUUUACUCUUAAACCAAAAUCACUUCAUUGCUGGAUGACCAGAGUACUCUACAAUCAGAGAUCAAAGUUUGAUCCACUUUGGAAUAAUUUUAUCAUUGGUGGAAUUGAAAAUGGAAAACCUUUUUUGGGUGCUGUUGAUAAAUUAGGAACAGCAUAUGUUGAUCCAGUUAUUGCAACUGGUUAUGGUGCUUAUAUUGCAACUCCACUUCUUGCUAAAGCGUAUGAUACUAAUCCAGAAAUGAGUAUGACUGAAGCUGCUGAACUUAUUCAUAAAUGUAUGGAAGUUUUAUGGUUACGUGAUGGACGUUCAUCACCCAAGUAUCAAAUUGCAAUAAUAAGCAAAGAAAAAGGUGUUGAAAUUCGUGAUAAUUUGGAAGUCAAAGGACACUGGGAUUUUGCCAUCAAUCCAGGUCCACCACAAUAAAAUAAUAAACUUUUUUUUUUUCUAAAUUAAUAUUACUUAAACACUGAUUUAUGAUUUUAAUAAUAAAAAUUUAAUCAAUCAA